UUUUUUUUUGCAGGUUUUCACACCAGUUCGUAUUUAUUUGCUAAUCGCUAAGGUGCCCACGAAGAUCGAAUGCCAUUUUCACUAUUUGGAUAUACAGGCAGUAGAAAGUAAAAAAUCCACACACUUCGCGAUCAUCACAAAUGAUCGCCCAUAUUCAUUUGUAACGAGCUUUGACGCGGGGAGCUUCAGUGCGAACGCUGAUGUUAUACUCACCGAUUUGGCAUCGGCAAUUAAGCACAUUUUUCCAACAGUUCCUCUCAAGUACAUCAUAAGAAGGAUCGACAUUCAACCGCCUGAACGUGAGGUGGUAUUUUCUGAGGAAUUUCGUCCCACAGAUCCGCGCAGUGUUGGACCUUGUGGCGGUUUUAGCACACAGUAUGCUUGUAUGUGUGAUUUUCAUGGUGUGCCCUACAGAAGUCGCAUGGGAUAUUGAUACGAUUUACUUGUCGCAUGAUACACGCGUGCUGAAUUUACGUGAUUUCGAUCAUUUGGAACCAAAAGACUUAAUGGCCAUUGUGUCCGCAUUGGAAUAUAAUACAUUUUUUCGCGGCCUAAAAGCAUCACAUAUGCGCCUCUCCAAUGAGACUUUGGAACGUAUACUACACGUGCUCAAGCGUUCAAUGUGGCUGGAAGAGCUGCAUUUGGAGGCAUUAGGUUUAAAAUCGGAUUUUUUGCAUAAAUUAGCUGUAUCUGUGAUUACAAACAACAAUCCCGCAAUACGUACGAUCGAUUUGAGUCAUAAUUUGAUUGAGGAUAAAGGUGCUAUUCAUCUAGCCGGUCCCAUUGCCAAAGUAUCGAAAGGUCUAUGCAAACUGGCGCUCGCUCAUUGCGGUCUCACAUCGAAGGGCGUGAAUCAGAUGUCACAUUCGUUGUCGCUAAAUCAAAGUAUUUCCAAUUCGCUCACGCAUUUAGAUUUAAGUGGCAAUAGCCUCAAGGAUGAUAUAACAAAUUUACAUAAUUUUCUGGCACAGCCGAAUGUUUUAGAACAUUUGGAUCUCUCAUCGACUGAUAUAACCUUGGAGAAUUUAUUUGGUGCUCUCUUACGCGGUUGUGCAACGCAUUUAGCUCAUUUAAAUGUUUCACAUAAUUCUUUUAGCACCAAAAAGGGCAAAGAGAUACCGCCAUCAUUCAAACAGUUCUUCACGAGUUCAUUAAGUUUAAAGCAUUUAAAUAUUGCCGGUUGUAAACUGCCAAUGGAAGCGCUCAAAAAUUUACUACUCGGUUUGGCGUGCAACGAGUCCACAGCUGGGCUGUACUUAGAUUUAAGUAGCAAUACGUUAGGUGCCCAGGGUGCGCAUGUUUUAGAAUCAUGCAUACAUGGCGUACGGGUUCUACAAAGUUUAGACAUAAGUGACAAUAAUUUGGAUGCCGAAUUAGCUCCCGUUUUAACAGCGAUUUCAAAGAACCCAUCGAUACGCACGCUUUAUAUGACGCGCAGUCUGACAGGCAUGAAAUUGAAACAUAUUCCCACUGUUAUGGAUGCGUUGGUCAAUUUGAUACAAAAAGAUGAUUUCCCACUGGCGGAAUUGGUGAUCUCCGAAAAUAAAUUGAAAAACGAUAUACACGAUUUUAUUAAUGCGCUUGGCAGCAAUCAAAGUUUGCAAAAAUUAGAUAUUAGUGGCAAUUACAUGGGCGACGUGGGAGCACGCCUGCUCGCAAAAGCUUUACAAAUCAACAACAAAUUGCGCACAAUUUACAUGGAUAAAAAUAAUAUAACACCACAAGGUUAUGCUGAUAUCGUUUACGCUUUAGAAAACAAUCACAGUAUGCGCACCAUACAAUAUCCAGUAUUUGACAUCACACCGCAUAUGAAAAACCAUCCAGAGAAAACGGAUGCGAUUAUGCGCAAAAUGCAAGAGCUAUUGCAACGUAAUUGCAAUGGCCUAAAACGCACUAAUGGACAAGGUUUCCGCCUGCAACAUGGUUUUUUGCUAUCUUCAACGCAUCAAUUAGUUGAUAAACUAGUAGCCGAAACACAGGACAAUAUUUCGGUGGCAAAGGGCAGCGACUCGUCGGCAGUGCAGCGACUUAUCGACGAUGCGGAAAAUUGCAAACAGCUAAUGCCAAAAUUGCAAGAGGCAGUACGCUGCGAAUCGCAUCCAAUCGAAAUAAAGCUGACGCGUAUCGCCAGUGAUCUCAGCUAUACCAUACAAGGUUAUUUGGAAGAGACGUUGGAGACAAUGUUGCGCACUGCAGUGGAGCAGUGCCCCAAAACAUUGGGCAGUCAAAUGGUCGUGCAAGAUCUACGCAAAGCGCUUAGUGAACGUCUACAGAUGCCAGAAGAUUUUGUACAGAGUUGCUUGCUGAAUAAUGCUGGCAGCGAGAUCAUGAACAAAGUGGGUGAAAUUGAACAAUCUUUGGCGGCGUCCAUCUCAGAUCGCGCCACUGAUGAGGUGCUGGAGGCGCUUACGCGCUAUCGACGCGGCCUGGGUAUUGCUGAUUCACCUUCGGUGCUACUCGAUGAACCGCAAACGCCUGAUAUUGUGCGCAGCCGUUCGAGUCAUGAUGGUGAAGGAAUGAUAAUACGCCCUGGACGCGGUUCUGUUUUACCCAAAAUGGGUCUGGAAUCACCCACCGCCACACCACAUAUGCCCACCAAGCGUCGUUCGGUUGCGCGUAAAGUGCGUCCCCAGUCCGUCGUUGAGAAUUUGAGCUUGGGACAUAUACCCGAUCUGCUUGAAUCGCCCUCUUCCCAUCGCUCCUCGACACAACUUUCAGCGCGUGAUUCGAAUGGUACAGGCGCUAGCAUCGCAGGCACCACCAUUGGCAGUGGCAAUGCCAUGGAUGAUUUGGGUGUCGAUGAAUGCGGCGACUCAAUAACAGAACUGCCCAGUGCAUCAUUUCAACUUCAGCACUUGGUUAAAGGGCGACCGAAACGCGCAAAGACGCGCGCACCCACACGACCACUCGUUGCUGUUGAUAACAGCGCCGGGCCGAGCACCAAAGAAAUUGGCGAGGGUUUGGAUUUAUUCUUCCGUCCCGGUUCAGUAACGCCAACCACACUGACGCCACUCAUUUCACCCACCUCUGAAGAGUGCAGCUCAUUAUCGUUUGUCGAUAGUCCGACAAUGAGUCGCGAUGGCAACGGUCAUUUGACAUCCGAGGAGACCACACCUAUCUUGGAGGAACGUAGGCCGAUCAAGUUGGAUCGCCAGUCACCAUUACUGAAGGGCAUACCCUGGACUACACGUUCACGUUCCACAGAUAAUUUGGAAAAGUAUUCACCCUUGAUUGGACGAAAAUCGCCGUUAGUUAAAAUGCGCACUGAAGGUGGCACCGCUGCGACGGGUGAGGACACGAAUUCUGUGCUGAAAGCGCCGGAACGAGAGAAUAAGAUGCGUUCACCUAGCAGCGAUUCGAUUCGUAGUCACACAGGUGUCGACGGCAUCAGCGUGAAGACAACAAAUGGUAUAAUACGCACACCAAUUAUCCUACAGAAACCACGUCCCUGGUCAGUGGUGGGUAGUGAACCCAAAGCGCCUGGUGCUAAUGACUUUCAAGGCAGUGAUUCGAGCAAGACAACGCCAGAGAAACUUGACGAAGAUGCCGAAUCGUUAUCGUUUAGUCAAAGCAGCAACAAUGUUGGCAACGCGACAGGAGCCGCAUUGGAGAAAAAGUCUGUACGGGAGCUUGCAGCUGGCCUGAAUCGCUUAGAACUCCCAAUGAAACCACAAGCGCUACCGAGAACAUUACUCACCAGCGCCUCAGCGAUAUCCAAAUCAGCUUCCACUUCGCACAUCACUAGCACGAACAGCAGUAGCAUAAAUAGCAACAAUGUUUUAUAUAGCACCAGCAGCAGUAGCAACAGCAGCGGUAGUCGUAGCCGCAGUAGCAGCACAACCACCACAACCACAACAAUGUUGCAGACUCAACGCAUGAAAAUUACAACUAAUAGCAGCAGCAGCUCUACAACUACGACAAGUGCCGCAAAUGCAACUGCAACAAAUGACAGCGACAAUCAUGAAACACUGCUCACCAAAACCAUUAUCACUGAGAAUGGCAAUGGCAGCAGCAGCAGUAGUUUCAUUACAAAUGAAAUUAUCAACAUACGUAAUGGCAUCAAUAGCAAUUCCACCAACCGUGACAGCACCAAUACGAAUGCAAGUGAUACCAGCGUCAGUGAGCGAUUCAGCAGUGGCAGCAAUGCUUCGAGUUUAGGCAUUCCAGUUGGUGGCUUCAAGCGCAUUGCGGGCAAAGAGAUUUCUACUUUAUUCGAGGAGACAUUAGUUGAAGGCCUACAACGCUCUUCGACGCGGCGAACAUUUAGAGAUACGCAAUAUACAAAAGAGGAUGUUGUUGAUUUGUGAGAAGUAUGAAGAAAAAAUAUACGCGGAAAAUAAUGGCAGAACUUCAGCGAAGCAUAGAUAUGUAACGACAGCAUUAAUAUAUGUUACCGAUAUACAAUAUAUGCACAAUUAUGUAUGUAUGAACAUCCAUAUGUAGUAAACAAAUUGAACACAACUUAAACGGAAGCAAAUAUUUCUUGAAGAAAUAUUUAGAGUUUUUAAUGUUCAGCCAACAGUCAUUGCACAUUGGCCAAAAGCCAAUAAUAUACACGAAUAAUAAAAUGGUGCGAAAAAAUAUUUUAGAGAAUAUGUACCACAUACAAUAUCUUUCAUACAUAUAAUUAGCGCCCCCAUUUCAGAGUGAUAUUGUUUGCCUUAUGUUUAUGUUUAUUUAUUUAUUUUUAAUAAUUUUCAAUUAAUCUGCAGUGCAUUCUUUAGCAGAGCGCAUAUAAACCCAAGUUUAAAACUUUGUAGAAAACUAAAACUUUUCAACAAAUAAUCCUCCAAAUUUCAAUUUUUUUCCGAUGUGUUUUAUAUUUUUUUGAGUGGCAAACAAUAUCAAUUUGAAAUGGCGAAGUGCUAAUGAUAUGACCGAUACUGUAUGAAGGUAUAUUUGAAAAAAAAUAAUAAUUGCAUGCAAUCGAUAGUUUCAAAUUUAUAUGCGUCUACCAUUUCUGUAUUAGCUUAUGAUUUGUGCAAUCACUCUGCGCCUUAUUUUUUAUACUAAAAUCAAAAUGUAAAUUAUUUUUUUUAUACUUCCAUGCAAAAAAAAGUGUGCUUAUGUAAAUUACUUCUAACUUUUUUUGGCAUUAUUUGCGUUUCGAGUGUAUUUUAAUGUAAAGUUUAUUCAUUACAUAUUUUUACGAAGAAAAACACGUGUAAAACCUUGUAUUUAUAUAAUUCUUAUAGUUUUAAUUUAACAUUUAAUUCUAAUGCGAUAUGUAAUGUGUUUCAAUGAUAAUGCCGAUGUUGAUUCAUAUUUCACACUAAACACUAAAAUUUACUUUAAAUUAAAUUUAAACAUUUAAAUGUGUGUGAGUGCGCGCGUUUUAUAUUAAACUAAACUUGUAUGUAUUUACUUACAUACAUACAUAUGUUGAUAUAUAAUUCUAUUAAGAAUAUGUAUGUAUGUAAUUAUAUGUAUGGAUUGAUUUUAAGUGCCAAUCAUAUUUUAUGAACAACUAAAUAACCAAGAAUAAAGUGAAUGAAUAAAAAUUUAAUAAUAUUAAAGUGUUAGAAAGGUAUAAACCGAACAAAAAGUUUUCUUGAUCUAAGGAUUUCCAAGGAUACGUACAUACAACCAGACAACUAAUGCAGUUUUACGAAGGUUUUGACAAAAGUUGGAAAAUUUAUUAAAAAACAUAAAAUGAAAUAAUGUUUUUUUUUAUAACUGCUUCCAUUCGAUAAGCAUUUCCGCAAUACUUUUCGCGUGAAUCCCGUAAAGAGUAAAAAGUGAGUAACAACCAAAAAGUUCGGGUACAAUCUUGCAACUUCAUUCUCUACACAACUCUCCAAAA